CAUUUUGGGCGCAGUUGCAAAAGUUACGUGAAAAGGCAAAGGACGACCGUUACUUUUAUACCUCCCUGCGAGUCUGUGCGUGUGUGUGUGUGCGGAAAAAGAAUUAAAUUUACAAGAUAUAGAAAACAGUUUAAUAAUCAAGAAACUAAGCCGAGUUUUAGCUUAGAGUGCAAAUAUGAAAAAGACUGCGAAAAGCACACCAGUUAGCAUAGCCAGCAAAAGAAGAAAAGUCUAAGGAUCCGCCACAAACAACCAACAAAUAAACGACAACAACAACAACAACGGCGGCUCAAUUGUCACAAUGAAUAACGCCAGCUGAAGAAGACAUAGUCGGUUCGUUGGCCCCCGAAACCCUUAGACUAGAGCCCCAUCGCUGAGGACUGGUAGUGGUCACCAUGCGACGUCCGAAAAUAUCCCUCAAGAAGUACUUCUAUUUCACACUGAUCUGCGCCCUCCUCCUCAUUUUCGUUUUCAACCUCAAGGAGAGCGAAUUAUGGAAAAUGCGGAGCUCCCGAUCGUCACAAAUAAGCACACAGCAGCAACAGCACCACCAGCAUCUGCAUCAACUGCAGUCCAUGGACGAGGAUCACCCAGUGGCCACCAGUUCCACGCCGGCGCCAGUUGCAGCCACUCUGCUUCCCGAAGUGGCGGAUAAUCUCGUCGAGGAGCCGGAACAGGCGGCUCUGGAGGAGGAGGAGAUGGAGGCGGAUCGGCUGCAAGAGCCGCCGGUGGAGAAGGCGUGGUUCUUCAAGAACGGCGAGUACUAUCCAAAGCCAGCCAGGACCUACAGUAAUCGCAAGGCGAGGAAGCGACAUGCUCCGCGUUUGCUGCCCCAUCAGGAUCCCUAUUCCGAUCGAAUCGUCAAUCAGCUGAUGUACGUGCCGCAUAACUACGAAGAGAUCAAAUCCAGCGGCAAGCUGAAGACCAUCCUCCUCUACAAUGGACUCGGUCCGUGGAACGUGAAAAAGGGCCGCGACGUCUUCCUGAAAGCCAAGUGUCCCGUGGACACUUGCGAACUGACUGCCAAUCGCGAUCUGGCCAGCUCGGCCGACAUGAUCCUCUACAAGGAUCACUACAUUCCCACGGGCAUCCGGCGGCCCAACAAUUCCAAGCAGGUUUCGAUGCUCUACUACCUGGAAUGCCCGUAUCAUACACAGAAUGUCAAGGUGCCCGAUGCCAUCAACUGGACGGCAACCUACAGACGGGACAGCACCAUUGUCGCGCCCUAUGAGAAAUGGCAGUACUACGAUACAAAAGUGCAGCAGCUGGAGCAGGAUGUAAACUACUCCGUCAAUAAAACCAAGAAAGUGGCUUGGUUUGUGUCCAAUUGUGGAGCGAGAAAUGGUCGUCUGCAAUAUGCCCAUGAACUGCAAAAGCACAUCGAGGUCGACAUCUACGGAGCUUGUGGCAACUUCAAGUGCUCGCGGAGCACGGCGGAUAAGUGCUUUGAAAUCCUGGACAACGACUACAAGUUCUACCUGGCGUUCGAGAACUCAAACUGCAAGGACUACAUCACGGAGAAGUUCUUCGUGAAUGCGCUGAACAGAAGGGUGCUGCCCAUAGUGAUGGGUGCUCGUCCGGAGGACUACGAGGUGAGUGCCCCACGGAGGUCCUACAUCCACGUGGACGAGUUCGCAUCGCCGAAGGAACUGGCCGAGUAUCUGCACAUUCUUGAUGCCGACGACGAGCUGUACAACUCGUACUUCAAGUGGAAGGGCACCGGGGAGUUCGUGAACACCUACUACUGGUGUCGUGUUUGCGCCACCCUUCACAACGAGGAGCAGCUGAGGAAGCCCCGCUGGUACACGGAUCUCAACGAUUGGUGGCGGGGACCAGGAGUGUGCACGACGAGAUCCUGGCGGAACUUCAAGGCGCGCAAGGAUGUUAUCAGCGACUCCAGCGACGACUGAGUCCCAGUCCUUGAUGCGAUCCAGAUCGUGGGCAUGGGCAUUGCGUAGAUAAGAGGUCACCUACAGGCAUCAGUGAGUCCUCAGUUUUGCAUAGAUGUUUCGUAGGUAUCACCAUCUCUACUUUCUAUCAGUAUCACUAUCCGCAGGAUGGGUCCAUUUUG